CCGCAUGGAUCUACGGGGGCGCAAAAAACCACCUCACAGCGGCACUUUAUUAUAAUUUCCUAGGGGGAACAGCAGGGUGGAGAGCAAGGGGGCAGCAGCAGCAUCUUACAGGAACUAGGAGCAGGGAAUCAUGGGAAAUGUAGUCUCUAUGCCAUGGCUGCUUACUCAUUUGGGAGGCAAUUACCAGAGAACGGCUGAACCGAUUUGGACAAAUGAGCUUUAAAGAAAACAAAGCAUAACACUGCAGCAAAUAUGGAUUUCUUUCAAAGAGCUCCUCCAUUCCUUAUCCAGCUUCAGAGUAUUUUGAGAAAAUACCCAGAUGGAGGACAAAUACUCAAAGAGUUGAUACAAAAUGCUGAUGAUGCUAAAGCCAGUGAAGUCAUCUUUGCUUUUGAUGAAAGACCAUAUGGGACAAAUACUCUUUAUGCAAAGGGACAACACAUCAUCCAAGGUCAAUCUCUUCUGGUGUACAAUAAUGAGAUGUUUAGUGAUCGUGAUUGGGAAGGAAUCCAAAGACCGGGAAAUAGCAUUAAACGCAAAGACCCAGACACUGUUGGAAGAUUUGGACUUGGCUUCAACUCUGUGUAUCACAUUACAGAUUAUCCAGCCAUCUUCAGUGGAAAAAAUGUUGGGAUUCUGGAUCCACAAGAAAAUAUAUUUUACAGAGGAGGUAGUUUAUGGAAUCUUGAGAAAAAAGAUGAGUUUUCAGAAGAUUUAGAGGAUCAAUUCCAGCCAUUCAAAAAUGUCUUACAGACUCUUGGUUUGGGUUCCUGGGAGGAAAUUCUUGCUUCUGGCUUUUUUAAAGGAACUCUCUUUUGUUUCCCUCUUCGACUAUGCCCAUCUGAGAUAUCUGAUAACAUAUACAGUACAGAAAGGGUUGAAGAGCUCUUUGAGUCUUUCAUGAAAGAUUCUAAUAUUGCCCUUCUAUUUCUUCGCCAUAUUAAAAGCAUUUCUUUGAAGAAAAUUGGAAAUGAUGGAAUAAUGAAAAGUCUUCUUACUGUUAAGGUAUCUACUGAAGAAUUACUAGAGACAGAGUCAGCUGGGAUUACCAUACAAACAGCCUGUAAAGUUGUUUCCCUGAAGUUCAUGGAUAACAAAGAGGAACAAUGUAAAUGGCUGAUGACUACCAGCAGAGAUCAAGAGAAUUUGUUUCCAGAGCUGACUGAGAUGAGCAACAAAUUGUGCAACAGACCCGUUCUUGACUUGGCCUACCCUUUAUCUAAGCAGAAUAUGGGUUUAUUUGGAGGACGUCUGAAUUGCAUUCUCCCACUUCCAGACAAGGAAGAAAACCAAACUGGGUUGCCAUGCCUUAUCAAUGGAUGUUUUGAUCUUACUGAUGACAGGAGGAGCAUGAAGUGGCCAGAAGCUGACCAACAACAUGAUGACGGUGCUAAAUGGAAUCAAAUCUUGGUAGAACAAGUCUUACCAUUCAUUUAUUCUCAGGCAGUAAAAAAUGUUGUGUCUUUAGUUAAGAUGUCAAAAAUUUCAGUAGACAUUGCAUACAGAAUUUGGCCAGAUCCUGAAAAAAACAUACACAAACCCAGAUGGUAUGAGAUAGUAAAACAGAUAGCCUUUUGUCUUGAAAAAGAGACAGUGCUGCAAACCAUCGAUACAACUCGGUGGAUAACUGCAAGUGAAGCUGUCUUCUUGGAGGUUGAAAAUGUGAAAAUUAAUACUUGCAUAGAGGAAUUGCUUCUCCAUCUAAAGACUCCUUUAGUUAAAGUUCCUGGUCAUGUUUUUAAAGUUCUUCAAAUAGCUACAAAAGACAUUUCAGGUCUGAAUAUUGUGUCUCCGAAAUUUGUGAGAAACCUGUUGCAUACAGAUGAAUGGCUUCAUUUUUCAACCGAGAAAAAGCUCUUGCUUUUGACGUACAUAAUCAGUGAUGGACAACAUAAUGAACUGCUGAACCUCAAACUACUGCCGCUAUCUGAUGGAUCCUUCACAUACUAUCAAAAUACAGAGACAAAUGGCAUUGUUUACAUUGACAGUAAAGUGUUUCCAAGAACCUUAUUACCUGGGCUCGCACAUAGAUUCAUUCCAGAGGAUCUGCCAGAUGAUCUACGUUUAUUCCUUGUGAAUAUCGGAAAAUUAGGAACAUUUAAGAACCUCGUGUGCUUGACUAAAGAAGUCAUAUGCAAGACACUACGAGAAGCCCUUCCACUGAAAUGGCAGAAUUGUACUGACGAAGUUCGUUGGUAUCCAGGAGAGUCUGAUAACCCACCAGCACAAUGGAUUGUUACAUUGUGGACCUUCCUCCAGCAAUAUGAUGACAUUUUGGAUUUCCUUGAGAAUCAGCCAAUUGUACCAUUAACACCAAUCAAAGAAAGUGCAAAUGGCAUUCUGCUUGCAAGAUUGAAAAGAAAAGCCAUUCUUUUUCAGAAGAGUGAUGACCACAGAAUCGCCGAGGCCAUAACUGUGAUACUGGAAAAAGCUGGUUGUACUAUAAUACGAGACACAAAUGAUUGGCUAUGGCACAAAAACCUGCAUUUCUUCAUAUUGGUACCAACGCCAAAUAAUAUUCUUCAAAUCCUUUCCAACUUAAACAUUAGUCACAUUACAGAAAUCUUAAAGACUGCUCCAAAAGAGGAUAUAAAGUUGCUUUCUGACUUAUUUUCUCAGGCUUACCAUUUUACCUCAUCUGAAUUAGAUAUUUUAUACAAGUUACCAGUCUUUUGCAGUGUCAAAACUAUUACAUCUUCUCAUUAUAAUCUAGUGGAUGCCAGAUGCUUGACUGCAUUGGACUGCAACCUUGUCCCAGCUGUACCAGACAUCCUUGUGUUCCCAGAUGUUGUGAUAAAAUGUAGAGAUGAGUCAGACAGGAGGCUUCUACAACUCAUGAACAUAAGAUUAUUAAAUGCAGUGGAUGCUGCUUUACUGAUAGUUAAAGCAAUUCAAAAAGGCUCAUAUAUUAAUCAAGAAAAAGAAAUUCAAAAUGUGAUGUUCUGGAUAUUGAGAAAUGGAUAUUCAUUCUUCACUCAGAGUGACCAGCUGAAAUCCAUGUGCAAAAACCUUCACUUCAUACCUUGCAAUGGUCAUUUUCUACCACCAUCAGCCCUUUACGAUCCUAAAAUCAACACAUUGAGAGUUUUGUUUGAGUCAGAUAAAUUUCCACCUGUGAAUUAUCAUGAAGAUUCAGUACUGAUGUCACUAAGAAUGUUGGGAUUGUUAGAUUCCAUCCAUAAAAUCACUCCGGAGAACAUUUUAGAAAUUGCUCAACAAUUAAGUCAAGGUGAGGAUGUGCCUUCUAUUUUAAGCAAAGCUGAUGCUCUUAUCGAGGUGUGCAACAACACUAUUGUUUUAUCCAAGUUCAGCUCACAUAACUUAAAGAUACUCUGUGGUCUUUCUUGGGUCCCUAUUAUUUGUGAAGGUUCAAACACUACAUUAAGAGAGCCAAAACAUGUGAGAAGUAUGAAAUACUGUAAUAUCAUAGAAUUUUCAAUGCCUCUAACCAACUGUUUUAUUGAAAAAGCAAAUAAUAUUCUUGGAUUGAAUGACCUCCCACCUCCAGAAAAAGUUGUGGGAAAUCUUAAAGCACUCAGCCUCAACUAUAGGUCAAUGGACCAGUACUCCUUUUAUAGGAAACUCCAUGACAUUUACAAGUAUUUACAAGAUCAUAUUGAACAGAUACAUAGUGAUAUUCCCAAAAAAGUGGUGAUUUGGAAUGGAAAGGAUUUCUCUUUCCCACAUGAAACAGUUUUGUGCUACCCAGAAGGCUUGGAUCUAUCAUCCUGUGUGCAUAAAGUGCCACCUGACUUUUUAACAUACAAAUAUCUUUUUAAGAGAUGUGGUGUACAAAGCACAUUGCCACACAAUGAAGUCAUUCACAUUCUGCAUACAUUAAAAAAUGGUAUAGACAAUGAAUGCUAUGAUUCUGGAUCUCCCAAAGACCUGAAGCUUGUCAUUUCUAUCUUAGACUGGAUGAAGGUUAACUCUGUAUCUAUAAGUGAUGAGCUCCCUGUUCCAGUCCAGUCUGACAAAAAGUAUUUUAGCCUGAAAUCACUCUCUAAAACAUUGUAUUGUGACAUGGAGAAACAGUAUUUAACAAGUGCUUCUGCUAAAUAUAUUGACUAUGGCAUUGUACAUGAAGAAAUAUCAUUGGCUACAGCUAAGUAUUUAAAAAUUCAAUUUCUGAGUACCAAAGUAUUAAAGCCAGAGUUCUUUGAUCCAUGGGGACCUUCUGAACCAGUGACACUAAGAAUAAAAAAUAUUCUUAGAGAAUAUAGUGAGCAUGUGGAACUUUUUAAAGAAAUGAUACAGAAUGCAGAUGAUGCCGAUGCAACAGCCUGCCAUUUUUUAGUCGAUAUGAGACAGAACUCUGAAAUACGUCAAAGACUUAUAGAUCCUGGAAUGGGCAGUUGUCAUGGGCCCGCACUUUGGUCUUACAACAAUAGUAAAUUUACAGAUAUGGAUUUUUCCAAUAUUAUACGCAUUGGAGCAGCCACUAAAGAAGCUAAUGUGCAGAAAAUUGGCAAGUUUGGCUUGGGGUUUAACACUGUGUACCAUAUCACAGAUGUACCUUCUAUAAUGAGUGGAUCAAAAGUUCUCAUAUUUGACCCAAAUGCAAACCACUUGCAGAAACACAUUUCACAAAAAAAUCCAGGCAUGAAAUUGGAUCUCCAGAAUAAUUCUGAACUGCUUCAUAUAUUUUCUGACCAAUUCCAACCAUACUCUAAUGUGUUUGGUUGUAAACUUGCACAGCCUUUUUACUUUGAUGGAACUCUUAUUCGACUACCAUUUCGAACAGAAGAAGAAGCUAGAGAAACAGAAAUCUGUCAACAACCCUUUGAUGAAGUGCAGAUAAACGUGUUCAUGACCAAUUUUGAAAACUCUUCAGAAACUUUACUAACUUUCUUAAGAAAUGUAAAAGAAGUAAGUUUAAGUUAUCUGUCCAAUGGCCAAUGUCCUGGGUUCCAGACCACAAAAGUACAUCUUCAAAAAGAAACAGUCCAAACGCUGAAUGUUUCCCCAAAUGUGUUACUACAACAGGAGCAGCUAAAUGUAUCUAAACAGUUGUGUGAACAUAUGGAUAUCUUGGAUGUUAACUGCACAAACAUAGUAGAAAUUACUACACAGAAAUCUAAUACAACUGAUACAAAAUUCUACCUUAUGCAGUCUGGCCUUGGAAUAAAACAAUCUUUCAAAAAUGUCAUGCAAAAAGAAAACCUACUUUGUCUUCCAGUUGCUGGAGUUGCCCUUCCACUAAAGAAAAAUCCUAGUACUGGAAAAUGGACUGCAAAUUUAGAAGGUUUUAAAGGGAUGAUGUUCUGUUUCCUUCCCCUUCCAGUUUUUAAUGGGCUGCCUUUUCAUAUAAAUGGAACAUUUUCAGUGAUGUCUAAUAGAAAAACCUUGUGGGAAACAACUAUAAAAGGAGAAUGGAAUAAACAUUUACUCUCUGAUGCUGUGCUAGUUGCAGUCAUAACUGCAUUACUGCAACUACAAGAGCUAAAUCAAAAUGGAGAUAUAGAGGACUAUUACUACCACACAUUUUGGCCUGACAUCACAAAAGUGAACACUCUUUUCAUGGAAAUGGUUAAAAGCUUUUACCAUGCAAUAGCCUUUGGACUAGAGAGAUUUUUACCUCCUCUAUUUAACAAUGGACGAAAAUGUUGCACAAUAAAACAUGCGUGCUUCCUAGACCUAGAAAUUUUCAAGGAUGAAAAAAUUCAACAACUUGCCAAAAAAGUAUUUUCCAUGCAUCUGAGAAAGCCAUACAUGGCAGUUGACCUCCCAGAUUGGGUAAAACAUAGCUUCAAUGUGAGUAACAGCGACAGUGAGCUUGAGAAAAACUAUUACAACUAUGAAAGAUUUUACAGAGAGAUAGUGUUUGAAAACCUGGACUGUUUAGAGCAAGAAGACAGAAAUGCCUUAAUAAUAUAUGCCAUUGAUCUGAAAAAUAAAGAAUUGAACAGUGUAUUGGUAUCAAAACCCUGUAUUCCAUCAUCUUUGCAUGAAAACUUACAAUUUAUAACAAAUCUUGUGCACCCAAUGGGGAAAGUGUCGGCUCUGUACGAUCCUGAGGAAGGACGUUUUCCUGAUGGAUCAGAGUUUCUGAAGGUAGAGAGGUUAGAGAACCUGCAUACUCUGGGUUUAGUUAAGGACAAACUACCUCUAGUAGAACUGAUGUCAAGAGCAAAUAAAAUAGAAAAUAUUUGGAAAUACGAUCGCAAAAAGGCACUAAAACAAAUUUUAUGUGUACUGGAACUACUAAAUGAUCUACUUAAAGAGUUUGGUUCAUUUGAAAACCAAUAUUUUAAAGACAUUGUCUUCCUUCCUGCAGUGCCUCCACAAAGCAAUGCUGUUGAACUAAAUGAUCUAACCUUAAUGAAAGCAAAAGACCUUUUUCAAUACAAACACAAAGCUCUUGUCUGUAUGGUACACCCAGUCAUAAGCCAAAAACAUUUAGAAAGCCUUAGAUUGCCUGCUAAUGUAAUGGCUUUCCUUGGCAUUGAUCAUCAACCUUCUUUCCAGGUUGUUAUAUCUCAACUACAGAAAGUUUCUGAAGGCAUGAAUUUUCUGAACAAUGAGGAGUCUUUUACCAUAGCAAAAGAGUGUUAUGCUUAUUUAAAUGAUCUGCUACAAAUGAAACCAAACCAUGCUGACCUUAUAAAGGAACUUGCAUCUGCUUUCCCCUUUGUUUUCAUUGAUAAUGAAUUUGUACACGUGAAUGUGGUUGCACACAAACUUCCUUUUGAUGUUUCUCCUUAUUUGUAUAAACUACCAAAGUAUUAUGACAAUUUAAAAAAUCUAUGGAAAAGUGUUGGAAUUGGCAGAGAAUUCUCUUUUAACCAUUACUUUUCCAUCUUGGAACAGAUAGCCAUUAAUCACCAAGGAACGCCACUUUCACAAAGUGAACUCUCAAUGAUAAUACGCAUAAUUAAUCAUUGUCUUGAUAAAAUACCAGAAAAUGAUAACUCAUUUGAAACAAAGCCAGUUUUUGUUCCCGACAUGAAAUGUAUAUUACGUCACGUGGAUAAAAUUUUUUACAAUGACACUCCCUGGCUUCCCUGUGAUGAGGAGCUUAAUUUCUGCAAUGAACGACUUCCUCGAGCUGUGGUUUCAAAAUUAAGAAUCAAAACAAGAAUUCAUCAUACACUUCAAAAUUUAAAAUGUUCAAAUCUUUCCAAAUGGGGAUCUCAAUUUGGUGCAAAAGAGAAAAUUACUACACGAAUCCAAAAUAUUUUGAAAGAAUAUUCUUUAAAAAAAGAUAUACUUAAGGAGCUGCUUCAGAAUGCAGAUGAUGCUGAGGCUACUGAAGUACAUUUUGUGCUUGAUUGCAGAACACAUGAAACAGAAAAAGUUUUUGGGGAUGAAUGGCACCCACUGCAAGGUCCAGCCCUUUGUGUUUACAACAAUAAAACAUUUAGUACUGAAGAUAUUGAUGGAAUUCAGCACCUCGGUAUUGGCGGCAAGGAGAAACAUUUAGACAAAACAGGGAAGUUUGGGCUUGGCUUCAAUUCUGUCUUCCACAUAACAGAUUGCCCUUCUUUUGUGAGUGCAGAUACCAUUAUGUGUGUUUUUGAUCCUAAUCUUUUGUUUUUGGAUUGUUCUGAUGAUACCAGCCCAGGUCAAAUGUUUACAGUAAAUAAUCAGUUCAAAAUGACAUUUCAGAAUGUGUAUGACACCUUCUUACCAUCCAUGUUCAACCUACAAAAAGGAACAAUUUUCCGUUUACCACUAAGAAUGGCAAACACUGUGGCUAAGUCUAAAAUAAGUGAUCAAAUUUCGUCAAUGGAAGAUAUUCGAAAUAUGUGUAAAGAACUUGAUAAAGAUGCAGACAUGAUUCUUUUUUUAAAUCAUAUUAGAAAAAUUACUUUUUCUGAGAUUUCAAGUACUGGAAAUGUCAAGGAGAUAUUUUUUGUUGAGGCUAAAAUGGAUGAGAUAAAUACAAAGCAAAUAUCUUUGUUUCAACAAAAACUCUCUAACUAUGUUGGAAAUGAGGCUCCCUUAUAUGGGAACUCACCAUUCAGGAUAAUAUCAGAAGUUGAAAUUAAAUGUAGCAGCUCAGACACUACAACCUACUGGCUUAUAGCCCGACAACUGGGAAUUGAAGACAUGAAUGGUUUCAGUACAUUAGAAGAAAUUUCAAGCAAUUUACAUCAAAUCCUUAUACCACAUGGCUCAAUAGCUGCCUGCUUAAACAAACCAGUAAAAGGUAGGGCUUUCUGUACUUUGCCUCUUCCCCUAGAAACUGGUCUCCCGGUACACAUAAAUGCAAAUUUUAUUGUGGAUGCUGCACGUCGAAAUAUAUGCACAGAGGAUGGUGAUAGUCCAAAGACUGCCUGGAAUGUAUUUCUCCUCUCAAAUAUUACAGCACCAUUGUAUUGCUUCCUUCUUGACUGUCUGCGUAAAGAAUUUACAAAGUAUAAAGAAAAAUCACUACAUUUCCAAUGUUUCGACUCCUGCAAGAUAUUCCUUGAUAAGUUUUUCUCUUUUUUCCCUACUAAUACCAAAUGUGUGCCACCACAUUGGAAAGCAGUAGUUACAAAAGUUUAUUUGAUGGCCUUUGAACAUAAAUUGCAAGUAAUUCCUGUUUACAAAAAAAUGUAUUCAAAAAUAAAAUCUUCCACGAAAGGCAUCGUAGUUGUUCAAUGGUCACACAUUGGUAAAUCCUCCAUCACUGAAGAGCCAGUCUUUUUAAUUCCAGAAAAAGACAAGGAUAUUGAACCUGUACUUCUAAACAUUAACAUGCAGCUGGCCUAUGGAGGUCGUGUGUGUAAGGCUUUUAAAGAAGCUGGUGUAAAUGUCCUUGAAUUAACCCCACACACUCUAUGCUGUUUUUUAAAGGAAAUCCCUUUACUUGCUAAUGGAAACUGUCUACCUGUUCCUGUCAGUAGUUCUAUAUUCAGAAAUAAGGAAACCUGUAACUCCCUAUUACAUUUUUGUUUAAACUUUGACUUAUCAAAAAACAAACUUGACCUGCAAGGAGUGCCUCUGGUAGUUACUACAGAUGGCAUGCUUCAUUACUUUGACAGAGAUGAGCCAAAAUUUUCUCCACUUUUCGCAAAACUCUUUCCCAAAGCAAGCAGUGAAUUCAUUCAAUACUGGGACACGACUUCUCUUUUGAAAGAAUAUGGUUUUGUGCGAUGUCUAGAUAUAAAGAGUUCUGUCAGUUUAGUAAAGAACCACCUGGGAUCAAGGUUUGAAAUCUCUACAAAAACAAAUGCCUCUGAUCUUCCACUUUCCAAAGAUAUAGCUGCCUGGCUGGAAGAUCUAUGGCUUUUUUUUAAGAGUGAAAUAAUGAGGCAGAUGCCUGGUCAGGAAAAGGAACAGUUUGAUGAAAUAUGUGCUGUCUUUAACCAAUGGGCAAUUGUACCAGUUUAUCUUAAAACAUCAUCUGAUAAAGAGUAUAUAAAUGUUCGCCCACUUGCUGAUCUUAAAAAUAUGUGCUUUCCUAGCUCUAGUGAAAUGACUAAGUGCCUUUUCAAACUGGGAUUUCCUAAAUUAAAAUGGUCUGCAUUUCCUGAGUCUAUUAUUUCAUAUUUCAAGCCCUACAUGUUAAAUAUAGAAAAUCUUCAAUUGGUCCUAGAACAAUUAAAUGCAAGAAAAGACCUUCAAUGGAAAUUAAUGGAUACAACAGAACUUGAUACACUCCUGUUUUUGAUCUUACAAAAAUUGCCAUCUACACAGAACAAGGACACUCUAUUAAAGAAACUUAAGUCUUUACCAUUAUUUGAAACCAUCCAAGGCAAAAGACAGAACUUGGUUGAUUGCAAAGAAUUGUAUCUACUUGACACAACAUUUGACUUGGAACCUUUUCGACUUUCUGACCUGCGUCCUUCGGUAAUUUACCUUAAAAAUAAUGAUCAUAACAAGAGGGUUAGUAAACUUAUGAAUAUCCCAUUGAUUAACAGUUUGGAACUACUUGCUGAUCAUCUUCUCUUAGAUGUUGCAUCCCUCAAUGAAGAUCAAUUACUACACAUUUUAUGUAUGGUUUUACAACUGUGGCAUUGCCAAGAUUUCAAAAGUAAGGAGAAACAGAUUAUCACUUCACUCAAAUCUGUGAGACUGAUCAAAGAUAAAUAUGGAGUACUUCAAAAGGCAUCAUUCUUCUAUGAUGAUAAAGUAGAGCUGUUUUCUGUGUUGGAGCUUCAUGAGCAUUUUAUCCCGAAUAGUUUUUGGAAGAAGUUUGGAGAAAAUCAAAGAAAGCUGCGCUCUUUUUUGCGAAGUCUUGGAAUGAAAGCCUCACUUACAGAGACAGAUUUUAUUAAAUUUGCAACGGAGAUUGAGAAAAAUGCAAUAUUAAAAACUUCUUUGGAAUCUCUUCAUGCCAAGGCUGAUGCACUUUAUAAUUAUUUGCUAUCCAUGAAUUCAGAUGACAUAAGCUGUUCCUUUGUAGCUGAAGUAGGACACAUUGCUUUUGUUAUUCCAUUAAAAGUCAGGGAUGAACUUAAUGCUCUGCAUUCGUCAUUCACUGAAAAAGUUGCUACAAUUGCACUCAAUGGUUCAUUGAUGAAUGGGAAUACAUAUGAGUCAUUGGUUUGGACAUCUAUGCCAUUACUUAAAAAUUCUGUAUACAGCAGGGAUACAGAAGCACUUCUUGGAAAAAUUGGAGUGCUGCAUAAACCACCUAUUGAAAAAAUCAUCGACCAUAUACAAAAUGUAUGCAAAGUUACAUGUGGUAGCAAAGACUUGCAGAAAACUAGAAGCACCAUUUUGAAACGCAUAUAUGACUUUCUUCAAAACAAAAGUAAAAUUGACCUUACAAUUUUGAAGGAUGUUCUGUUUAUUCUGGUAAAAGAUGGAAUGAACACAGCGUUACCCAGACAAGUAGUUUUCAAUCUUCAGGAGGAAAAUAUUUUUUGGCCAUACUUGUACAAGUUGCCUCCACUGCUUGCAUGUUAUAGUGAUCUUUUCCAAAAAGUAGGAGUUGAGGCUGAGCUUACUGUCUUCCAUUUUGUCAAUCUACUUUCAACAGUUUAUACAGAGACAUUGGAAAAAACAUCUUUGCAUCCCAAUCUACACAAGACUGUGUGUAAAGCUACAAGACAACUUUUCCAUUUAUUAAGAGAAAAGAAAGAUGCUCAACACAUCAAUUCUCUGCAUCUUUUAGCUAUGGAUGGUAAACUCUACGAGUCAUCUAGUCUGGUGUUAAAUAAUUGCCGAUCUUAUAAAACAGCAAGUAAAUUGCAAUCUACAUUUAAGUUUGUUUACACUCCAGACGUGAGUGUGCGCUAUGACUGUUAUGAACUAGAAAAUCUUCUGAAAUAUUUACCAAAGAAAAUUCGCCCAAGGAUGCUUUCUGAAAUUACAAAUGAGUCUCUCAACUGUGAAAACCUUUGUUCAUAUGGUGAUCACUGCCCAUUAAAAAUAAAGUUUGAAGAACUAUUUUUUUCUGCAGAAUUUCAAGAUGGACUGGUUUGCCUUCUUCAAUAUCAGACCAAAGGAAAAAUUACACAGGAGGAGGCUAAACAGAACUCGAAUCUUAUCUUUGGGAGGUUGGAAAUAAUAUGUUGCUCCCAGCUGCAAACUGUAUUACUGUAUGAAGAUAAACCCUUGGAUGGUACACAAUGCAACAAAACAGUGUUUGCAGUAAAACACAAAGAUACAGGCGGUCAAAUUUACUUCCAACACAGCGACUCAUUAAAGGGCAGUAAGAUGACUAAAGUGGUACAAGUUCUUGCAAAGGAAAUAAACGAUCUGAUGGAAAAUGUAUUAGCACCAACAUCAAUAGACAUUGUUAGUCAAAUGCUUUCCUGCAAUGAUCCCAACGAAAUAACUGAAGUGCUCAAAGACAAUAAUUUGUGGAAUAGCAUUAGUACUCAAAGAAUUUUUUCUUUACCAAAUCCAGGUGACAAAAUUUCUAUUGAAUGGUAUGACUGUCUGGAUAUGAGCAUUAUAAAUACUUUCAACAUUGGUGAAUAUGUAGGUUACAUGAUUCCAUCUGAAGAGGAAUGUUACUUAUACGCUGUGAUUGUGGAGGAACUGGAUAAAAAAGUGCUUGGAAGUUGUGAAAUAGAAAUGUAUCUCAUAAAUAUUGGUCAAAAUAAUGUGAUUGAGGUCAGUGUUCUUGAUUUAUAUCAGUUUAAGAGAUCUGAAAACAAAAGCAUGAAAGCUCUUUGUUUGCUUGGGAGCACACAACCUCCAAAGAGUCAAACGUUUUCGUAUGAACGCAUUAAAAAAGAGAUUGAUCUUUACCUGAGCAAAAUAUGGGGAUUGCCUGAAAAUGAACGCAGGCAGGCUACAAGACGUCUUUAUCUGAAAUACCAUCCAGACAAAAACAUUGACCAAGAGAAACUUUACACAGAAGUUUUUAAAUAUCUUCAGCAAAGACUUAAGGAAAUGGAAUACAGCCAAAGAAACAGCAAUCAUUCCUCACAAUCGCCAACUUUUCACUUUAGAAACUCUGGUGGCUCUUAUAACUUUUGGACAAAAUGGGACAAUCAAGCAUCCAACCACCGGCACAGUCGUGAACACUUUUCCAGAACAACCAGGUGUAAUUAUAAUUUUUGGGAAUAUUAUAGCACUUUCACCCACCCAAAACCUCAAGAAGCAAAGAGAUGGUUAAGACAAGCAAUAUGUGAUCUUAAAGCUGCAGAACGUGAUGUUGGCCAUACUCACACUGAAUGGGUGUUUUACAAAGUACACCAGGCUGUAGAGAAAGCUUUAUGUGCAGCACAGUACAUAAAGACCGGAAAAAUAAAUAAAGAUUACACUAUAGUUGCACUGGCAAAAAUAGUCUCCACUUACUGUGAUGACCUUCAAAGUAUUUGUGAUAAAGUGCUUCAACUUAAAGCAUGUGGAGUAGAUAAAGAGGGAACUCAGUAUCCCAGUUUCCAUAGUCCACCUGGUAUUCCUAACAAUUGUUUAGAUCCCGGCCAAGAAGACAAGGUUAUUGCUCUAGCUAAACACAUUUUAAAUAAGAUCGAGAGUUACAUACUCAAAUAAGAAAGCAUAUUAUAAAUUGUUUUGUAAAGUAUUUCUAAGUAAUUCCUUAUUUUAUAUCUCUUGUAUCUUGCUCAUUGUUAUAUUUUUUGUAAUAAAAAAAAAUGCCAAUUUACUAAUUUACCGAUUGAUCAUUCGAUUUAAGAAUUUUUAUAUAUAUUUCUGUAUAAGUAUAUGCAUAAUUCUAUAUUUCAAGCAAAUGUAUCCUAGUAAAAUAUGUUGAAUGCAUACUAUUGUGUGGCCUUGUGUCCUUGCAUUAACAAUAUUAAAAAAUUAUAAAAAACUGAUUUUAUGGUUUUCACAUGCAGUAGCACAAUAUCACUUUCCAUAGAUAGUAAUUUUUAUGAACACUUGAACUCGGAAAUCGGAUGGGGGACUGGUAUGAUUUGUAGUUGCUAGCAUAAAGCAGGAGAUAGAGGACUGGUGGGAAUUGUAGCAGACAGCAGGAGUGGAGGUAGUACUGUGUAAUCAGUGGCAUCUGGCACAGCUGGUUUAAAUUCCUUAAUUAUCCAUUCAAUUUCACAAACCUGAGUUUUUAUUUAUUAACUUGCUAGCAAAAAAUCUUGUUUGCUAGAGGUGAUGAUGCCUGCUGCGCUGAACACUCUCUAAUGCUACAGUGGAAGGUGGACAAGACCGAACACCCAAGGCAAACACUGCAAGUUCUGGCCAAUGGUCUAACCUGG